GUCUGACGCAACCGGGGACGGCGCGGAGGCUGGAGCCGCGACGGGGGUCGGUCCGAUGGCAGCAGUUGGACGUUGAUGGAGUGGGAGCAGCAUGUCAGCAUCAUGGAUAAGAUGUAUGCUUGGCACACUUGUGGCAUUCAUUGCCUUUUCCUCUUGGAGUGGAGCUGUACCAUCAAACUACCUCCACCUUGAUUACUGUGUGAUAGGGGCAGGUCCUGGUGGCUUGCAGAUUGGUUACUUUCUCCAUCAGUCCCAAAGGCGAUAUCUGAUCUUUGAACGUAGUAACAUCUCUGGGAGCUUUUUUAUACAUUAUCCUCGCCAUCGGAAGCUCAUCAGCAUCAACAAGCGUUACACUGGCAAACAGAACAGAGAGUUUAACCUCCGCCAUGACUGGAACUCACUGCUCAGUCAUGAUGACAAUCUCCUCUUCAAGCACUACUCCAAAGAUUUCUUCCCUCAUGCUGACACCAUGCUCCAAUACUUAAAUGACUUCACUAAAACGUUGAAACUGAAAGUUCAGUACAACACAGACAUAAAGUGGAUUGAAGCGGAAAGCGAUCCCCAGGCCUGGAAUGGGCAUUAUUUCUUUCUGACAGAUCAGAAUAACCAUCAUUACAGGUGCAGCGUCCUGUUGGUAGCAACUGGAUUAGGGGUGCCCCAUGUGCCCAAUUUUCCAGGCUCUGAAUACAUUGAGGGCUACGAGAGUGUUUCCGUGGACCCGGCUGACUUUGUUGGGCAAUCGGUCCUCAUCCUAGGUCGGGGCAAUUCGGCAUUUGAGACGGCCGACAACAUUGCUGGAGUAACUAACUUUAUCCACGCGUUGAGUCGGUCCCGAAUACGGCUCGCCUGGGCUACUCAUUAUGUUGGAGAUCUCCGGGCAGUGAACAAUGCUCUGUUGGACACCUAUCAACUGAAGUCACUGGAUGGUUUGCUGGAGGGAGACCUGGAAAACAUUAUGAUAAUCCGAGACAAAAAGGGAAAGUUCCACUUACGGCAAAGGCGUCACUUUGACCAGAAAAGCACCUCGCAAGAUAUACCCUAUGACAGCAGUGUGUCACGCUUACUGUCUGAAGAAUGGGCAGAUAACCUAGCGGUGCGUCAACCUUACGAUCGUGUUAUCCGCUGCAUGGGUUGGAAGUUCGACUUCUCCAUUUUCAACAAUUUUACGAAGCCUCAGAGGGGUCAAGGUCGCAUGAAUAAGUAUCCACUGAUCAAAGCCUCUUAUGAAGCAGUAAAUCUUCCAGGAAUGUUUGUUACAGGGGCAGCCAGUCAUUCCAUUGAUUUUAGGAAAGCAGCUGGCGGCUUCAUCCAUGGGUUUCGCUAUACAGCUCGUGCAGUCCACCGUCUGAUGGAGCAUCAAUACCAUGCGGUCCAUUGGCCAUCCACUGUCCAGCCCAUCUCCCAGCUGACUAAUGCAAUCAUCAGGCGCAUCAAUGAGGCCUCUGGUACUUAUCAAAUGUUCAGUGUCCUUGCUGACAUUGUGCUGCUGCAAAAGAAUGCCACCAAGUUUGAAUAUUUGGAAGAGUAUCCGAUUGGAAUACUUCCGUACCUUUGGGAAAACACUGGGAAGCGUGCUGAAAACGGAUUGUUCGUUAUUAAUUUGGAAUAUGGGAGCAACUUCUCCAAACCAGAGGCCGAUGUUUUCCAUCCUAGCCGUUCAGUGGGAGAGCCAAAGGAUGCGUGGCUCUCGAACUUCCUCCACCCUGUCAUCUACUUCUACAAACGCCUCCCAACAGAGACAGAGAUGACACAAAGGCCGAAGUUCUGGCCGCUGCCACGGCCGAGCCACAUCCAUCACAUUGUAGAAGACUUCCUGACGGACUGGACGGCUGCCAAAGCUCACAUUCUGCCCCUGCGACGCUUCCUGGAGACCUGCCUGGGCACUGACCUCAGAAACUUCUUUGCAGAAUCCUGCUUCAAGUUUGCCUUGACCAGCCAGCAUCUGCCACCCAGCUGUCAGCAUGGUUACUUAAACAUGCAAGGGUUACUGGGCACCAAGAACGUGCAGCACACUUACAGGGUUGAGGAAAUGGAUUAUCCUUCUCACGACACCGCCUCUGUCGAGGAACACUCACACCAGAGCUUGUCCAACGAGCAAGAGUUGGCCACAGUGACUACCUGAGCAACAGACUGAUUAGAGGAGUUGCGAUAUAGUGGCCUGACCACCAGUGUACCUCAGCCAGGUGAGGCCCAAGCGCACUCACGGUUUCUCCAGUACCUCGCAGCGCAAACUUUUAUACAGUAAAGCAUUAUGCUGCAAAUAAGGGAACUUCAAAGCAAAAGCAGCUAAUGCUGGAAUUAGUCAGCAGGUCUGGCAGCAUGAGCAGAGCCCAACGCAGCUCCUAUACCUCUCCCUGGACAACUUGCCAGACUUGCUUAGAUUUUGUGCAAUGUAAAGUAACAUUUAUACAUGAAUUAUCAAACCAAAAAUAUUUAUCCAUUUUAACAGAGAGACUGUUUUUACAUUAUUGGACUUGCUACUUACUAGGGCUUCCUUGAAACAUUUUUUUAAAGAAGUUUUUUUAUUGCAGGUUUGAUAGAUUUUUGUUUGCAUGAUAGACUUUUGUGUCCGAGUCACUCCUGGUAUUGAAAGUUUUUUAAAAAUAGGAUUUGCAUGACAUAUGGCUGAUCGGUUAGCGUGGCUAGUUGGUGUAUAGUGACGAUUUGGCUUUAACCUGAAGUCACUAAAGGAACUUAUGCAUUCUCGCAGUUCUGUGUGGGCAUGCCUGUUCGGUAUUUUCUGCAUUCCGUCAGGGACUGUACCUCGUGGUUUUAGAAGGCACAAAUGAAUGCAAGUCCUUUCUUGUUUCUGAGUUAGGGCUUGUUUUUACUUAUGGCUGGAGGCCUUGUACAACAGGCUUGCUGAAACCAUGGCUGAGUUCAGCUGGGACUGGUGCUUGUCAACAACAUCCAGAGCAAAGGAAGCAGUCAGACAGACCUGGACCUGCCACCCUUCUCAUCCAAAGCCCAAGAACUGUAAUGCCAUGAGGUUCCUGCAGAGGAUGCCUCUGAGCUACUGUCAUUAAUGGACGUGGGUAAAUUCUGAGCCGCUUGCCGAGUAAUCUACUAACUGGCAGGAUAUGAAUCAGCAGAGACUUGGCAAAUGGAAGGGGCUGUAAAAGGCCUCAGGAAGUCACGUCAGUCGGAGGAAAAGGUACGAGGACAGCUAAGGCGACUGAAUAAAUGUGUCUUGGGCCCAAAAAAAAACCAAAGAGUCGCUAUACAGGCAGUGGAAAAAUGUCGCAGUUUGGAUGAAUCAAAAGCCCAAGUGUCUGAAAUAGCUAAUCCCCAAAGGUGAGAGAAUCAGAAACUCUGCCCCAAGUAAAAACUGGGCAGAAUGCUCCUUGUAUUGCGUGCAAAGUCAGCAACUGUGUAAAUCACAGAGACUUGUGAGAGAUUCAUUCAGAGGCCCUCCCUGAUCUGUAAUUUCUGUCAACCCAACCCAACCUACAAAAAGGUGUUCUCAUCCUGGGAGGGGCGGAGGGAGGUUUUAUUUCCUCACCCUGGGCUGCAAUCGGUCAGCCACUGGGCACCUUUCCCAGUACAGGCCUUACAGUACAGUACCUUCCUUACAUUCUCAGACCCUGCCAGCCUCGUGGUUUUCAACACGUUUGGAUCUGUUUCCCUGUUUUCCUUGUCUGCUUGCGUUUCCUGUGGCUCACAAUGUUCCAGGCUCUGCGUAUGAUCUGUUGCCCUCAAGUCAUUCGCAGUCAGGUCAGACAGUUUCUUUUGUUCCAUUUGUUCAUUACCAUCUUACACACUCCAUUAAAUCAAUAUGAUCCUCAGAGUAUGAAGUCUAGUUGGAUUCCACCAAAGGAAGUUCUCCCGUUUUCUCCCCACUGCCUGCAGACGGUGUAAAUGUGAUCACAGGUUGAAUCCUGUGACAAAAAGAGGAUGAACUGCAUGCUGACACAGUGCUGGACAAUCUCAGUGCUGUGUCACUGGGUAAACAUCAGGGAACUGAUGACACCCCAGCCACACGGUGUUCUUCACUAGCGCAGUGUCCCUUACAGGAUACGUCUACUCCAUUCUCCUGUCUAAAAUGUUUUCCACUCGAGUCCCCUGCCCCACCCUGUUGCUUUCAUUUCCAGCCAAGGUGAACCAGAUGCUCACCGCUCACCCAUGCGCUUUUACCAGUGUUCCCUCUAAUGACAACAGUACACAAAAAUAUUGCGCUGUGCAAUUCUUUGCCCAGUGACAACAUGUGCGCACUGAAUUUCUGAGUGGAUUUCUGAAUGUAAACCUGAAGCUAAUCCAAGGAUAAACUAUCAAUUCCAGUUUGUUUAAAAGAAAUAAAGUAACUGUCAAUAAGAACUUUGAUCUCCUCAAGGUUUGAUUGUUUUCACUCUCGUUCAUCUACACUCUCACAAAACCGAUGUACCUGUGAAGGAUUU